UUUUUCAAAGUGCGCAGAAUAUUUUGAUGAAAAGAGAAAAAGGCUAAAAUGGACAAGUACAAAUUCAAAUUGAUCAAUUGAACAAAAAAAAAUCAGUUAUAAAAUAAGAAUUCCUUGUUAUUUUCUUUUUUUUUCUGGUUUUGAUAAAAAUUUAAAGAUUUUUCUAAUUCCCAUCAUUAUAAGUUUAGAAUUGUGUAGAUAUUGUAGAUAUUGUAUUUGCCUUUUUUAAAUUAUUAACUUCCCCGGGUUUUAAAUGUUAAGCACUGUUAUAAGAACUAGUGUUUUUCGUUUGUUUGUAUAUAUAAAGUAUAAUAUACAUGACGAAAUAGCGAAAGAACCAUUUUUUGUUGACCUAAAAACUCCUUGAUUCUCCUUGAUUUUGUUUGAAAAAGUAAGAAUAAGAAUUCUGCUCACUUAUUUUCAAAAUCAUCCUUGAAUUUUACUAAAUUUCUUUUUUAAUAGAUAUACAUAAUUAAUUUUAUAUCAACUUAUAACGUGGCAGAGAUGAGCAGUUCAAUAUCAGCUAUAGUAAGUGUGUCGAAUAAAACAGGUGUUACCGAAUUAACAAAGGAACUUUCUAAACUUGGUUAUCAGCUACUUGCAUCUGGUGGCACAGCUUCUGCAAUCCGUGAUGCUGGAAUAUCAGUCAGCGAUGUGUCUGAAGUUACUAAAGCUCCCGAAAUGCUUGGUGGUCGUGUGAAAACGCUUCAUCCUGCUGUGCAUGCUGGCAUACUUGCACGAGAUUCGGAAGAAGACGAAGCAGACCUCAAAAGGCAAGGAUACACUAAAAUAAGAGUUGUUGUCUGUAAUUUAUAUCCAUUCAAAGAUACCAUCUCGAAAGAAGGAGUAACUGUUGACAAAGCUGUGGAAAAUAUCGAUAUAGGUGGUGUAACAUUGCUUCGUGCCGCUGCCAAAAAUUUUAAAUAUGUUACGGUUUUAUGUGAUCCUGCUGAUUAUGAAAGUGUGAUAAAGGAAAUGAAAGAAUCCAGUAACAAAUUUACGUCUUUAGAAAGAAGAAAAAGACUUGGAUAUAAGGCAUUUACGCACACUAUGGAGUACGAUACCAUGAUACAAAGUUACUUUAAAACAGAAAUUUCACCUGAAUGUGCAAAUUACCUUCCUUUGCGUUAUGGAAUGAACCCUCAUCAGAAACCAGCAAGUUUAUUUACCACACUCGAUACCCUGCCCAUAUCUGUAAUGAAUGGUUCCCCUGGCUUUAUUAAUUUAUGUGAUGCGCUAAACGCUUGGCAACUGGUGAAGGAACUUAAAAGAUCGCUCUCUUUGCCAGCUGCUGCUUCAUUUAAACAUGUCAGCCCUGCAGGUGCAGCUGUUGGUGUCCCACUGUCUCCAGCUGAAGCAAAACUCUGCAUGGUGGAUGAUAUGGAUUCCUGUUUGAGUCCUCUUGCAAUUGCCUAUGCACGUGCACGCGGAGCAGACAGAAUGUCUUCAUUUGGUGAUUUUAUAGCUUUAUCAGAAUCAUGUGAUGUUGCCACUGCUAAAGUUAUCUCAAGGGAGGUAUCUGAUGGAGUUAUAGCACCAGGCUAUGAAGAUGAGGCUCUUGAAAUUUUAAAGAAAAAGAAAUCUGGAAAGUAUUGUGUUUUAACGAUGGAUCCUAACUAUGAGCCAAGUCAGAUGGAAUCAAGGACGUUGUACGGAAUGCAACUAGAACAAAAAAGAAACAAUGCAUUGAUUGAUAAAAGUUUUUUCACAAAUGUUGUGUCUAACAACAAAGAGCUAACAGAAGAUGCAAAGCGUGAUCUAUUAGUUGCCACCAUUGCUGUGAAGUACACACAAUCGAAUUCUGUUUGUUUUGCUAAGAGAGGACAAGUUGUUGGGAUAGGAGCUGGUCAACAAUCUAGAAUACACUGUGUUCGAUUAGCCGGUGACAAAACCAACAAUUGGUGGCUAAGACAGCAUUCAAAAGUUUUGAGUUUGGUUUUCAAAAAGGGUGUAAAGCGAUCUGAGAUGUCCAAUCUGAUCGAUGUUUAUGUGAAUGGUACAAUUGGCAAGGAUAUGGAAAGGGAAAAAUUUGAAGAAAAUUUUGAUGUUAUACCGGAAGAGUUUACUGAUAAGGAACGCAAAAACUGGAUUGCUUCUCUGUCAAAUGUUGUGCUAAGUUCAGAUGCUUUCUUUCCAUUCAGGGAUAGUAUUGAUCGUGCUGUCCAGAGCGGGGUGAAAUAUGUUUGCAGUCCCAGUGGUUCUGCUGCAGAUCAGAUUGUCAUCGAUGCAUCCAAUGAACGAGAUGUUGUGUUAAUUCACACCAAUACAAGACUCUUCCACCAUUAAGAACAUUUCUCAAAAUGGUAUCUUCAACAAGCUUUCCUGGCUAGCCUCUUAUAAAAAAGAAAAUUCUUAUUGUUGUUAAAAAAAAAUAAAAAAAAAAGAUGUUUAUUUUUAUCUACAAAAAGAUUUAUAUAUUUUUUUAUUUUAGAAAAAUUCUUAUUGUA